AUGGCGAUUCUCGCGAGCUUGUUGGUAACAGCCGUCGCGCGAAUCAGCCGCUACGACAGCAUGCUGGCCAUGCCAGGAGGAGAAGGGCGAGAGGCGUUCCGGCAGUUUCUGAAGCGAGGGUCGAAGACGCACAAGACGAGCGUGACUAAAGACAGCGAGCCGCAGCAGGAGGGAACUCGCUGGGCGCUUCUUAUCGCCGGCUCCGCCGGUUACGGAAAUUACCGCCACCAGGCGGAUGUGUGUCACGCGUACCAGCUGCUGAGGCGGAACGGCAACCCGCACCCCGGCACCAUCAUCAACCGCCCCGACGGACCUGACGUCUACCACGGCGUUCCCAAGGAUUACACGGGGCGGCACGUGACAGUGAAUAACUUCAUAGCAGCACUGCUGGGGAACGCGUCUGCCAUCAACCCCCUCCCCGCCUUCCCCUGCUCCAUCCCACUUCCUCAUCCCACUUCCUCAUCCCACUUCCUCAUCCCACUUCCUCAUCCCACUUCCUCAUCCCACUUCCUCAUCCCACUUCCUCAUCCCACUUCCUCAUCCCACUUCCUCAUCCCACUUCCUCAUCCCACUUCCUCCUCAUCCCACUUCCUCCUCAUCCCACUUCCUCAUCCUUCCUCCCCUUCCUCAUCCCACUUCCUGCAUCCCACUUCCUCAUCCCACUUCCUCAUCCCACUUCCUCAUCCCACUUCCUCAUCCCACUUCCUCAUCCCACUUCCUCAUCCCACUUCCUCAUCCCACUUCCUCAUCCCACUUCCUCAUCCCACUUCCUCAUCCACUUCUGCACUACUACCCACAUCUCAGGACUACAACGGGGCGGCACGUGACAGCAUGCCCGAGCCUCCGUUCCUCAUGGCUGACGAAGUGGUGGGCGAAUACGACAGUCUCGAUACCGCUGCAGAGGAAGCACCGCACAAGGGCUUUAAGGAGCUGGUUUUCUACCUCGAAGCAUCGUCGCCUGGAUGGAGGACAGUGAUGCCAACGACCUCACACGAGACCCUUCGACAGCAGUACCACCUGGUCAAGGAGCGAACGUCCAACCACGGGACAUACGACGCCGGCUCGCACGUGAUGCUAUACGGGGAGAAGGCUCUCGGCACCGACCCUGUUUCCGACUUCCUGGGUGACGCGUCCCUGGCUCCUGAAGCUGGUGCUAAUAGCGAGGAUGCUUAUAACGAGGACGCGGGCAUGACCCCAUGGAGGAUGUUUGCUGCUGGAGAGGCGGUUGGUGUGGUGGGGCAGCGCGAUGCAGAGGUGCUGCACCUGUGGCACAAGUAUAAGAACGCCCCAGAGGAUUCACCGCGCAAGCAGGCAGCCAUGGCCGCCCUCAGCGAGACGUUCACCCACCGCCGCCACGUGGACCAAUCGGUGCGCGCCACGGUGGCAGCAGCGGUGGGUGAGGGGCGCGUGCAGGCUGUGCUGGAGGGCAGGCAGGCGGAGGGGAGGGCUCUGGUGGACGACUGGAUGUGCCUGCGAGAGAUGGUGCGAGCAUACGAGGCGAGCUGCGGGCGCAUCACGCAGUACGGCAUGAAGCACAUGCGUGCAUUUGCCAACCUCUGCAAUGCAGCUGUGCCCGUUCACACCGUCGCUGCUGCAGCACAGGAGGCAUGCCCUUCCGCCGCCAAUGCUGUUCCCCCAGGGCUGCUUGUUGCGCCAGGAGGGGGUUUCUCGGUGUGA